AUGACACUCAACCGAUUCAUCGAACACACAUGCGGUGAAAGUAAGCCUCCAGUAAACGAAUAUAGCUAUUCACUCAAAUCCCAAAGUUUCACGUUCGAUGAGUUUGACAAUUUAGAGAAGGUUGUCAGCGGCUUCCAGAAUAGCACCGAAAACACUGCCAGCUAUAGCUUUGCGAAACACGAUCUCAUACAGCUAACUCACAUCUUGAAUACUCCCGCGGGCUUCCCAGUCGGUGUCAAGCUAAAGUAUAACGAUAAUGGCUCUCUGACUCGCGAUAAGAAGGGCCGCAAGCUCAGAUACGACAGUUUAAAUCGCCUCAGCGAGCUGCAGGGCCCGGACUGUAGGGUUCUCUGUCAGUAUCGAUAUAACACCACCGGUAAGCUCGUCUGUCAGCGCAUCCCAGGCCAGCCCGAUACACAUCUCUUCUAUCAGGGCGAUUCAAUCGUGGCAAUCGACAAGCGGAGGAUAGUAUAA